AUGGACGAUGUUAGGAGCAUUAAUUGGCAGAUCGACUUACUGAAUAGUCAAGUUGUACUGAAAGGUUGUGAGCGAGCCGGAUUUGUCUUGCUGACAGCAGCUCGGGCCAGUGUGACACAGAAGGUGCAUCGAUGUGUAUGGCGAAACGGGCAAUUGUUAGGGAAGAAGUCAUGGUCUUCAAUAAUAUCUGGUAUGCAGUAUUUCGCUCCUAUAUCCAUUGUCAACGGGCGCACUGUGGAGUCGUUCAGAUGGUUAACCAGAGAGGUAAUGCAUUUGUUAGCUCCUCGAUAA